AGCGACGGAGCUCGAGCGAGCGCCGGCGGCAGCAGCCGCGCGACCACGAUUGUAGGUGAUGGGAAGAUCGGAAAGUCAGAUGGAUAUAACUGAUAUCAACACUCCAAAGCCAAAGAAGAAACAGCGAUGGACUCCACUGGAAAUCAGUCUCUCGGUCCUCGUCCUGCUCCUGACUGUCAUCGCGGUGACAAUGAUAGCACUCUACGCAACCUAUGAUGAUGGUAUUUGCAAGUCACCAGACUGCAUAAAAUCUGCUGCUCGACUGAUCCAGAACAUGGAUGCCACUGCUGAGCCUUGCACCGACUUUUUCACAUAUGCAUGUGGAGGCUGGCUGAAACGCAACGUCAUUCCUGAGACCAAUUCCCGUUACAGUAACUUUGACAUUUUAAGAGAUGAGCUAGAAGUCAUUUUAAAUGAUGUCCUUCAGACACCCAAAACUGAUGAUAUAGAAGCAGUGCAGAAAGCAAAAACAUUGUUCAGGUCUUGUAUAAAUGAAACUGCUAUUGACAGUAGAGGAGGACAGCCUCUGCUCAAACUCUUACCAGAUAUAUAUGGGUGGCCGGUAGCGACAGAAAACUGGGAACAGACAUAUGGUACUUCUUGGACAGCUGAAAAAGCUAUUGCACAAUUGAAUUCCAAAUAUGGGAAGAAGGUCCUCAUCAACUUUUUUAUUGGCACUGAUGAUAAGAACUCUACACACUAUAUAAUUCAUUUUGACCAACCUCGACUUGGCCUUCCUUCCAGAGACUACUACGAAUGCACCGGACUAUAUGAAGAGGCUUGUACAGCGUAUGUGGCUUUUAUGAUUUCUGUGGCCAAAUUGAUUCGUCAGGAAGAAGGAUUGCCUAUUGAUGAAAACCAGAUUUCUUUGGAAAUGAAUAAAAUUAUGGAAUUGGAAAAAGAACUUGCCAAUGCUACUACUAAAUCUGAAGAUCGAAAUGACCCAGUGAUUCUUUAUAAGAAAAUGACCUUGGCCCAGCUGCAAAAUAACUUUUCCCUGGAGAUCAAUGGAAAGCCAUUCAGCUGGUCAAAUUUCACAAAUGAAAUCAUGUCAACUGUGAAUAUCAAUAUUCCAAAUGAGGAGGAAGUGGUUAUUUAUGCUCCAGAAUAUGUAACCAAACUUAAGCCCAUUCUUACCAAAUAUUCUGCCAGAGAUCUUCAAAAUUUAAUGUCCUGGAGGUUGAUAAUGGAUCUUGUAAGCAGCCUCAGCCGAACCUACAAGGAGUCCAGAAAUGCUUUCCGCAAGGCUAUUACUGGCACAACAGUAGAAAUGGCAAUUUGGAGACGUUGUGCAAACUACGUGAAUGGGAAUAUGGAAAAUGCCGUGGGAAGGCUUUAUGUGAAAGAAGCAUUUGCUGGGGACAGCAAACACUUGGUUGAAGAUUUGAUUGCACAAAUCCGGGAAGUUUUUAUUCAAACAUUAGAUGACCUCACUUGGAUGGACGCAGAAACAAAAAAGAAAGCUGAAGAGAAGGCCUUAGCAAUUAAAGAAAGGAUUGGCUAUCCUGAUGAUAUUAUUUCAAAUGAUAACAAACUGAAUAAUGAAUACCUUGAGUUGAACUACAAAGAAGAUGAAUACUUUGAGAACUUAAUUCAAAAUUUGAAAUUCAUCCAAAGUAAACAACUAAAGAAGCUCCGAGAAAAGGUGGACAAGAAUGAGUGGAUAAGCGGAGCAGCGGUCGUCAAUGCAUUUUAUUCUUCAGGCAGAAAUCAGAUGGUCUUCCCAGCAGGCAUUCUGCAGCCCCCCUUCUUUAGUGCUCAGCAGCCCAGCUCACUGAACUUUGGGGGCAUCGGCAUGGUUAUAGGACAUGAAAUCACCCACGGCUUUGAUGACAAUGGAAGAAACUUUAACAAGGAUGGAGACCUUGUUGACUGGUGGACCCAACAGUCUGCAAAUAAUUUUAAAGAACAAUCCCAAUGCAUGGUGUACCAGUAUGGAAACUUCACGUGGGACCUUGCAGGAGGACAGCAUCUCAAUGGACUUAAUACCCUGGGAGAAAACAUUGCCGAUAAUGGAGGUAUUGGCCAAGCAUACAGGGCCUAUCAGAAUUAUGUUAAAAAGAAUGGUGAAGAAAAAUUACUUCCUGGACUUGACCUAAAUCACAAACAACUGUUCUUCUUGAACUUUGCCCAGGUGUGGUGUGGGACCUACAGGCCAGAGUAUGCCUUCAACUCCAUUAAAACGGAUGUGCACAGUCCAGGCAAUUUCAGGAUCAUCGGGACCUUGCAGAACUCCCCAGAUUUUUCUGAAGCCUUCCACUGCCACAAGAACUCGUACAUGAAUCCAGAGAAGAAGUGCCGGGUCUGGUGAUCUCUGGGCAGCCUGCCCCCGAGGCACAAAUGGGAGCGCCAAACCAGGAGGAAGGGGCCCCAAGGUCACGGCGGUCACCUGGGGGCCACUCACAGAGAUGAGCAUGAAAUGCUCAGGAAAUUGUCUAUCCUCCAAGUGUGCAAGGAGGUCUACAAUUCAUCCAGUCACUUUUCACUGUAAAUAGUGCUUCAUUUCUAAAGAUAGUAUUCAUGCACAUUUGCUUGUCGCUGGGGCUGCCAGUUCCAUGCUGUCCCAGAAAACAGUGCAAACCACAUGCUCCAUUCCAGGAUGCCUAAUCCAAGGGCAAAGGAGGGUGUCAAACGCAGCCAGGCCCCAGGAGCGCAGCAGGGGCACGACAGCUCAAAACCAUUGCUAGGUACUGGUUUGUGCUUUUAUUUGCAACGUCUAUGCGCCUUCAAAACCUUCCAAAGAAUUCUCACACAUAACUGGGGCCUUUUUGCCACACAUCGAUUAGUCAUUCUGUCAUCAUUUUAUCUGAAGCACUCCUACGGAAAAAAAAAAAAUGAAUGUCUCAACUGUUUGUUGUACCUGCUUCAUUGAUUUGGAGACUCCUGGGCCCCUGAAAUUUUCUAAGCAAUUUCUUGCUCUCAAAACUUGGUCUUUUUAAGGGAUUUAUAGUAAUGUAUAAAUAAUAAUUUUUAUAUUUAAUUAUUAACUACAUUGAUGACUAAGUAACUGU